AUGUCGGGCCCAGACCAACCUGAGCCUAUCGUGGAUACGACGCGAUCACUCAAGCGCAAGCAUCUAUCCGCCGACGAUCAAGCGGAGCUCGACUCCCUCGACGACAUUGUCAAGCGCAUAAAGACGGCGGUUCCGCGAACGCCAUACAUACUUUCAGUACCUUCAUCAAAUCCAUACCGGUACUACUCACAACAACAAGCCAAUGCCUGGAAGAUAGGAAGAUUAUGGAAGUCAGAUGAAGAGCACUUGCAAUACAGAACAUAUCUGUACCGCGAGCCAUGCCAGGACUGCUUCGAGCUGCAGGCGGGAGAAGACAACGAGCCUGAGCCUGAGCCUCCACGCUCCCAGGCUUCAAAUGGCCAGCCAGCGAAGAAGAAGCCCAACUUGUCAGCCUUCAAGGUCAAGCAAGCAAACGGUCCCAACACUCCCAGCGUCAAGAUCACUUCGCCCAGUCUCGCGCCGGAAAAGGCAUCGAAACAGGCGAUUGGGGUUAGCAAGUCUGAGAAGUUGUCUGUGCCCCCCCAAAAGGCCGAGUCCAAGUCGCCAAGAUCCUCCUCUAGCACAUUACGCGACGAAAAAUCUGCCAGUAAAGCCAACGGUGACGCCCCUCCCUCGAGUCGACCGCGAGCCUCAUCCGCGCAGAAGAGCGAGACUAUCAGCUCCAAGGGCAGGAUCGAGAAGUCGGAUCCUUCAAACUCAACACCACAUGGCCUACCCCCACUACUGUCGCCAGUACAUGAGCCAAUGGGCAAUCCCUACGGCCUCCCGAACAUUCUAUCCCCCACACUCCCCUCAAAUAUACAGGCCGAGCUGGAUAGAAUAGAGGUACAACGGAAGCGCGCAGACUCCGACGCAUCUGUGUCAUCGUCAGAUCGCAAGAGUCAGACGCUGGCUGUGCCGCCUAGUGCAUCUCAGCAGUCCAACGGUACGCCCAAGUCAGAGAGCAGAGUGCGCUCAGUCUCUAUCAACGGCAAAUCGCCCAAUCCCGAAACAGUCAGUCAUGCCAAACAACCCGAUCCUAGUAUGCUAGUGAAGCUGAAAUUCUCCAAGACCAAGGCUCCAGUCGUUGGCCAGAUUCUCCGCCUACCAUCGAAACGAUCCAAUGCCGAGAAGAAGGAGCGCACCGAUGCGCCCAAGGUUACUACAGCAGAUACACAGCCCAAAGUCACGGAUCCGCCUCUCAUCAAGAAGAAGCCUAUCCCCAAGGUUGCUGCUCGUCGCGGAGAGACUACAACGCCAGCUGCAUCCACACCAAAUGCUGGCGCAAAGCCAGCCCCUGCAAGUACAAAGGUUGCGGAGAAGCGACCACGGCCGGAUGAGGAUGCGUCUUUGGCGGUACCUCCCACUAAGCGACCCAGGGCUGGCUCAACGCAAGACCGGCCCAUUACCCCUCUCCAAAACACAUCAUCGCCAGCACUAUCUACCAAGCCCAAUGCACAGAAGAGCCAGAACCAGUACACAACCCCUAAGAAGGAUAUCAAAUCAGUCAACAUGUUACGAAGCCAGUCUUCGGAAAGCAACGACGCAACGCCCGGUCGGUCUGGUGCAACUCCAGCCGGCGUAAAGAUGGAGCACAAGGCCGGCCCUACAUCUGCUCUUCUGAAUAGCAAGAAACAAGCGGAUAUCUCGCUGCUAGGACAAACGUCGGCAAAGCUGAAUCAGAUGGGUAGAGCCCUCAAGCACGAAGCGACCAAGAUCCUCACAGCCGGCGGCAGCAAGAUAUCAAAACAGGACGAGAAGCGAGCUGCAGUGACGAACCUGGAGUGCAUUCUCGCAUACAUGGCCGCCUACUUCGCCCAAGACUUUUCCCUUAACCUCCGCGGCCGCGCCGGCGAAGUAGAGCAAACUUGGAAAACACUCCUUCCCCUCUGCCUCUCCUACUCGCGCUGCACAAAAAAUCUUCAACACCUCGACGGCCUACGUUCAUAUCUCAGUUCCGUCAUCGCCGGAGCCAUCUGCACGCACGUCUCGCAACGCUGCCAGAACCCCAAGUUAUUCUCCCACGACUCCCCGCAAGACCACGCUACGAACAACGUCGAUGUAGCCCGCCAGCAGAACUCCCUGGCGGAGAACUUUGCGUUGCUGUCUGAUCACACGAUUAAAAUGAACAGACAUUACCAGGAUGCCCGCAUCGCCCUGCCAAUUGAAGACUUGCAAUCGCUCUACAAGAAGACGUAUGCGGGUCGUGAGGCCAACGCCAAACUCGCACGUGAACCAGAGAAGGUCAGCGGCGCGCGUUUGUCGGGACCGUAUUUCCUGCCUCUCGCGACGGAUACUACGCCCAUCCAAGCUGUACGCUUCGGCCUCAAGUUUCUGAGCGAGUACUGCGAGAAGGAGGGAUUGCAGUAUAACCUCAGAGUAAAUCUGGAUAAGCCGGAAUAG